UUUCCUUUUUCUCUCCUUCCCGUUUGUUCUUCUGUCACCAAAGAUGCGCAGAGCUUUACUGGCGCUGUUUGUCGCUUUAACGGGUUUCUCCUUACAAGCCGUCCCGCAGCCUCCCAAAACGGGCUUGUGUAAUCACGACGAGUGCUACGCGAUACACCGGGAGGCUGCAGACUUUGAAACGGCGAGGAACGUGUGCAGAAGUCGAGGGGGCCACCUGAUGACAGUCCGAUCGACGGUGCACAGCGACAUCAUUUCCAUCCUAAAAGAGAACCUGCAGGGUCGUUUGUGGAUUGGACUUGAGCUGCCCGCUGGACGCUGCGGCGACCCUUCAAAAGCUCUACGUGGAUACCGAUGGGUAACCGGAGAAGAAGCUACGGACUUCACGCAGUGGAGAGCGCAGGACUCAAGUGAAUGUGGUCGGCGGUGUGUUUCUAUUUCUAUCGGUCAGCUGUGGGAAGAAAGUUCCUGUCUGGAGGCGGCUGAUGGGUUUCUCUGCGAAUAUAACUUGAACGAAACCUGCCAAGCCCCCGAGCUCAAGGGGGUCUCGCUUACCUACCGCACACCAUUUGGUUUUCAAACGACAGACACAGCUCAGCUGCCACCUGGGACCACAGCAACUGUGUCGUCCUCGGGUGUCAAACGCUACUGCGGCAUAGAUGGUAAGUGGGCACUCGGACCCUGGGAUUGCCAAUAUGAAAACGGAGGGUGCAGCCACAAGUGUGAAAUGGAGCGAAGUAAAGCGAAGUGCUUCUGUCCUGAAGGGUUACAGUUAGAGGAGAACCAAGUGACAUGUGAGACCCCAGAUCCAUGCAGGGACCACCCCUGUGAGCACCUGUGUGUACCCCAGAUGGACCGUUACAUCUGCACGUGUCGAGAGGGCUACAGACUGGGCGAUAAUGGCUCAAAAUGCCUGGACGUGGAUGAGUGCCAGCUGGCCCGAGUCUGCGAAGUCGGCCAGGUCUGUGCCAACACGCCGGGCAGCUUUCAGUGCGCCUGCCCAGCGGGGUAUCAAAAGGUCAGCGGGAGGUGCGAAGGCUACACGCCGAGUCUCAAAGUGGUAAGGAGAGCGGAGUGCCCACCGGGCUUCGAAAUGGUGAACGGGAUGUGUGAAGACCUAGACGAGUGCGAGGCGGCCCCUUGCGAACACGAGUGCGCCAACACGCCAGGGGGGUUCAACUGCUCCUGUCUCGAAGGGUUUCGUCAAAACAAGUUUGAACCCACCAAAUGUGACGAAGUCUGUCAGAGCGAAAAGUGCACGGCGACGUGCGACCCGAACAACGGGGACACAUGUGACUGUCCAGAAGGGUACCUGCUCGACAACGAGGGGGACACUCAGGUCUGUGUGGACAUCGACGAGUGCGACAGCGGCACGUUUUGUGAGCAGCUGUGUGACAAUUCGUUUGGAAGUUACGCCUGUCACUGCAAAGACGGAUACGAGCUACAAGACGACGGCUAUUCGUGCACACCGUUCAACGUGACGAGCGUCACUCCUGAAGAACCUGUCACCCCGACCGCCAACGUCACUGUCAUCGAGCCGUCGGCGAAGUUACCCGGGGUGCUCCUUGGGGUCCUCAUCUGCGUCCUCGCCAUCGUCAUCUUAGUGUGCUGUGUGUACCGAGCGUUCAAACAGCGGGCAAAGUGGCAGGCGGCCGCGGCGACAGAGUCCAAGACCACCGAUCUGGACCGGGACGGCGGGCUUCAGCAAGUCACCACUGACAAAUGCGUCAAGAAAUAUUCACUUGAGAGCAAAGAUUUAAAGGCGCAUACUGUACCCCGCUUCUGCGCCAUGGAGAUCCCCUUAAAACCGGCGGUUGUGUCACUGCGCUACGGGCGCGCGCUGUCACCAAAGAUGUGCAGAGCCUUACUGACGCUGUUUGUCGCUUUCCCAGUUUUCUCGUUACAAGCCGACAGCGAGUCGCCCAGAGAGGGCUUUUGUAUCCUCAGUGACUGCUACACGAUACACCAGGGGGCUGCAGACUUUGACACGGCGAGCGGCGUGUGCGGGACUAAAGGGGGCCACCUGAUGACAGUCCGAUCGACGGUGCAGAGAGAUAUCUUUUCAAUCUGUAUGGGUACCCUGCAGGGUCGCUUCUGGAUUGGACUUGAGCUGCCCGCUGGACGCUGUGGUGACCCCUCAAAAGCACUACGUGGGUACCGGUGGGUAACCGGAGAGGAAACUACGGACUUCACGUCGUGGAAAACACAGGACUCGACAGAGUGUGGCCAGAAGUGUGUCUCCGUCUCCAAAGAUCAGCUGUGGGAAGAAAGUUCAUGUCUGGAGGCGGCUGAUGGGUUUCUCUGUGAAUUCCGAUUUAAUAAAACCUGUGAGCCCGCUGAGCUGGAGGGAUUAUCGCUUACCUACCACACACCGUUGGGUUUUCAGACGACACACACCCAAACUUCUUUGCCACCUGGUACAGUAGCAAUUACGUCUCCCACCGGAUACAAACUGUACUGUGACAUCAAUGACUGGAAACCGGGUCCCUGGGAUUGCCAACAUGAAAACGGCGGUUGCAGCCACACGUGUACAAUGGAGGGAGGUAACGCGAAGUGCAUCUGCCCUGAAGGACUACAGUUAGAGGAGAACCAAGUGACCUGUCAGGCGCCCGACCCAUGCAGGAGCCACCCCUGUGCGCACGUGUGUGUCCCCCAGAAGGACAGUUACAGCUGCCUGUGCCGAGGGGGCUACAGACUGGACCAGGAUGGCUCGACAUGCGUGGACGUGGAUGAAUGCAAACAGGAGCGAGUCUGCAAAGCUGACCAGGUCUGCGUCAACACACUGGGUAGCUUUCAAUGUACCUGCCCACUGGGGUUCAAAAUGGUGAGGGGCAAGUGUGAAGAUUACGCCCCCAGCUCGGAAAUGUUAAGGGCCAGGGGCUUAUUGUGCCCACCGGGCUACACAAUGGUGAAUAGCACGUGUGAAGACCGAGACGAGUGCGAGUUCGCCCCGUGUGAACAGGAGUGCACGAACACACAUGGGAGUUUCAGGUGUUCCUGUUUCGAAGGAUUUCUUCCUAAUAGAAAAGACCCCACGAAAUGUGACAAACACUGUCAGUCAGAAAAGUGCCCGGGGAUGUGCUAUCUGAACGAGGGCAAUUCGUGUGAGUGUCCCGAUGGGUACAUAAUAGAGGAUGAGGACACUGGCGUGUGCAUUGACAUCGACGAAUGUGACGGCCAGUGGCCGUGUGACCACAACUGCACCAACACAUUUGGGAGUUUCGUAUGUCACUGCGACCAUGGAUUCAGGCUGGAAGACGAUGGCAGUUCGUGCACAGCGUUACCCUCCACUAGCGUCACUCCUGUCACCGUCCUCCUAGUGACCCCGACCACGCACAUCACCGUCAAAGAGCCCUCGCUGAUCUCACCCGUUGCGCUCCUGGUAUCUGUCGUCAGUGUCCUCAUCCUGGUGGUCUUAGUCUUCUGUACGCACCGAGCGUUAAGGCAGAGGGCGAAGUGGGACACCGCGGCAGACUACAAGAGUGCAGAACUGGACCGGGAUGGUGGGCUUCAGCAAGUCACCAUUGAGAAAUACAUCAGGAAAUAUUCGUUCAUCACAAAUGAUUUAAAGGCGCAUACGUGACACUCUGGACUACUUUUAAGAUCUAGGAGUCUAAUGGCUCGGGCACAGACUGCCGGAAAUGAUGCCCCCUUGCAACGAGAGGAUUAUAACGCGUAUCAUAUCUGUAUAUGUGACCAAAAAACGUGCAAACUCGGGUUUGGAAGAAAUGUAAACUUUACAACAUGUGCUAUCGGAAGGAUUUGAGGGCAAAUUACUUCUGCUCGGGUUAUCGGCACGAUUGGACUGGGGUGCAGUUACCUGGCACUACGGGUUCACGGGGAAGGCAUUGAUACGUCGAUUCAAAACAAGCGUCCGGAAUAUGAAUGGCAGCCAUUGAAAAGUCUCCUCCAAACAGCCGUUUAGAGUUUUAAUUCUGUAACAGUAAGUGGAGCAAAAAAAAUCACUUCAGGAUUUGUGGGGCAAAAUCAGGAAUCGGCGAUGGGCAUUGUGCCAGUCUAUUGAACAUCUGCUUCACUUUGGGGGGCAA